AUGUUUUAAUUAUUCAGGUACUUUUGAUGUAUGUGUCUUGGCAACAUGCAUGAGUUUUGAAUCUUUUUUGUGAUAAAAAAACCAUUUUUGUUGAAAUAAAUCAACCAAUAAUAUCAGUAAACGACACACAAAACAGUGAAAAGCAACAAAAACAAAAGAUAGUAAAAAAUAGAAGCUUUUUUGUUUGAAUGCAGUUGAUGUCUGAUAUUGAUGAUGACUAUGGAGGUUUUGUUUGCAUGUCCAGUUCUAAGAGGUGAUGGAUUCUUGCUGAGAGAAUAGAAAGAGCGAGAAAAUCUUGCAAAAAUUAGGAGCUUUUAUUUUCUCUAUGUUUCUCAGUGAAUAUGAAAAUGGAAGUCAUAGCGGAUUAGAACAACUCACAGAGAGAGACCAUGGCAGUUUCUGGCUGAAAUCCUUGAUCAUUUCAGGUCUGUACUCUCUCUCUCUAAUAUGGCUUGUUUGGUUUUUAUCUAGGAGGAUCAUUUUUUUUUAUUAGAAUAGGGAAAAGUUAUGCUGAGGAAGAGAUCUAGAGGAACUACAAAUAAGAAAGCUCUAAUGGCGAAUCAUGAUUCUCUACAAUCUCCAAUAGACAAAUGCAAAAGACCCACUUCAUCUUUCUUAAGUUCUCCCAGAUUUUUCACUUCAAAAGUUUUCAAUGACACUGAAUCUGUGAUGAGUCCAACUUCAACACUUGAUAUCAAACCCUUCUCUGCAUUCAAAAACCCCUUUUGGCCUGAUAUAAACUUCCCCAAAACCCCAAAACCAGAAAAUAAAAUCCAUUUGGAUAAAUUGGAUUCACGAGGGGUUGUUCUUGGUCUAGUUGAUGUUCUCACCGAUGAUAAAUCUGACCCAAAAUUAUCAAAACCCGAGAGCCGAAUGGUUUUGUUUGGUUCACAAUUGAAGAUUCAAAUCCCUCCCCUGUCUCAAUCUAUUCUCCCUCCUGCUGAUUCACCCAAAUCUCCUGGAGAUUUCGGUAUGAAAACGAGGAAUUCCCAUUUGGGUUCAUUUUCACUUGGCUUAUCCGCAACUUCUAUGAAGAAAUCCCCAUUUGGGUCCUCGAAUUCUGGCAUCAAAAACUCGAAUUCUUCUCUGGUUUUUUCUGGGUGUCUCUCUGCUACUGAGAUGGAGCUUUCUGAAGAUUAUACUUGUGUGAUUUCCCAUGGUCCGAAUCCGAGGACAACGCAUAUAUUUGAUGAUUGCAUAGUGGAGAGCUGCUGUGGAGUUGUGGAGUUCUCUGCAUCAAAAAAGGAAAAUGGGUUUUUGGCAAAUCAAUCAAUUAGUUGUCCCUCUGAGAGUUUUCUUAGCUUCUGUCACAAUUGCAAGAAAAAGCUUGGGGAAGGAGAUGACAUUUAUAUGUACAGGGGUGAGAAAGCUUUUUGCAGCAGUGAAUGCCGGCACAAGGAGAUGAUAUUGGAGGAGGGAAUGGAAAAUUUGGAAGUCUGAUGACAUUCAUAAGUAUCUCCAUUGGGGCAAUGUCUAUCUUUAUCGCUUUUCUACAUAUGAUACGGGUAUUGAUUAUCCAAAGAGAAGUGAGUUUAAGACAACAUAGAACCGACGUAGAUAACUGUGGCAAAGAUGGUAAUAUAUGUUGGAUGCUCUGAUCUGUUUUGUGUUUCAUUUUCGUUUCUUGUAUGCGGAAACAGUCUCUCCGUGUAAUCUGUAUACACGAGGCAAAGUUACGUAGAUCUAAUCUUGUAACAGCCUCGUGCACUGCUGGGCAUUGUAGAAAUUUUGUUCAACAGUGACAAUUAGGAAAUUGCUGUUGGGUAUGUUUAGAAAGUUUGGGUUUGAAAAUUGGUGGCAGUGACGAGGAUGAUCAUGAUGACGAUGAUGUUAUACUCAAGCUUAUGUUAUCACUUAAAAUUACUUCUUGGAGUUUUCUUUUCUUUACCGUGUCUUCCACAUCUCCUCCUGUC